AUGUCACUUGUUGGUAAAAUCAGCACUGAAAUUGGAGUACAUGCAACUGCUGCAAAGUGGUUCAACCUCUUUGCCACUAAACUUCAUCAUGUUCAAAACCUUACUGACAGAGUUCAUGGAACUAAGCUGCAUCAUGGUGAGGACUGGCACCACAACGAAUCCAUCAAACACUGGACUUAUACUAUAGAUGGUAAGGUUACAACAUGUCAGGAAAGGAUUGAAUCAGUUGAUGAGGCAAACAAAACAAUCAUCUACAAGCUCUUCAAUGGGGACAUCGAUCAGCAGUUCAAGCACUUCAAGCUCAUAUUUCAAGCAAUUGAGAAGAAUGAUGGUGGUGCUAUUAUCAAAUGGACCAUCGAAUAUGAGAAGGUUGCUGAUGAAGUUGAUCCUCCAUACGGCUACAUCGAGUACGUUCACAAAUGCACUAGAGAUAUCGAUGCUCAUCUUCUCAAGGCAUAA